CCAUGUUGCCCUGUGGGCCAGCUUUGUCCUUUGUCCGGUGUCUGGUGCGGAAGAAGGAUGUCGGUGGUGAAAGUCUUGAGGACUCCAGGUUGUGCCGAUGCUUGUCGACAGUGGACCUUAUAGCCCUGGGAGUAGGCAGUACCCUUGGCGCUGGUGUUUAUGUCCUUGCUGGAGAAGUAGCCAAAUCUGAUUCGGGACCUAGCAUCAUCAUUUCUUUCCUCAUUGCUGCCCUGGCAUCCGUGAUGGCAGGUCUCUGCUAUGCUGAGUUUGGUGCUCGUGUUCCCAAGACUGGUUCUGCGUAUUUGUACACUUACGUAACUGUCGGUGAACUGUGGGCUUUUAUCACUGGUUGGAAUCUCAUUUUAUCCUAUAUUAUAGGUACAUCAAGUGUAGCAAGAGCCUGGAGUGGCACCUUUGAUGAACUUCUUGGAAAACAGAUUGGUAUCUUUUUUGGAACUUACUUCAAAAUGAAUUAUCCUGGGCUAGCAGAGUAUCCUGACUUCUUUGCUGUAUUCCUUAUAUUACUUUUAUCAGGUCUUUUAUCUUUUGGAGUAAAAGAAUCUGCCUGGGUGAAUAAAAUUUUCACUGCUGUUAACAUCUUGGUCCUACUCUUCGUUAUUAUUUCAAGUUUUGUGAAAGGAGAUCCUGACAACUGGAAAAUAAGUGAAGAACAUAUCAUAAACAUUACUGCAACAAAAAUGAAUAUCUCACCAUAUGAGAAAGGGCCAAAUAUAUAUGGGAGUGGUGGCUUUAUGCCAUAUGGUUUCACAGGAACAUUGGCUGGUGCUGCAACCUGUUUUUAUGCUUUUGUAGGAUUCGACUGCAUUGCAACAACUGGAGAAGAGGUCAAGAAUCCUCAGAAAGCCAUACCCAUAGGAAUUGUGGUGUCCCUGCUUGUCUGCUUCAUGGCCUAUUUUGGGGUUUCAGCUGCACUGACCCUUAUGAUGCCAUACUAUCUACUAGAUGAGAAAAGUCCUCUGCCAGUAGCAUUUGAGUAUGUUGGAUGGGGUCCUGCAAAAUAUGUUGUAGCAGUGGGAUCCCUCUGUGCUUUGUCUACAAGUCUUAUUGGAUCCAUUUUCCCAAUGCCACGAGUAAUCUAUGCUAUGGCGAAGGAUGGGUUGCUUUUCAAAUGUCUAGCUCAAAUCAAUUCCAAAACGAAGACCCCACUAGUUGCUACUCUAUCGUCUGGUGCAGUAGCAGCUAUAAUGGCAUUUCUGUUUGACCUAAAGGCUUUAGUGGACAUGAUGUCUAUUGGUACACUUCUUGCUUAUUCACUUGUGGCAACCUGUGUCCUCAUUCUUAGGUACCAACCCAGUUUAACCUAUGAGGAACCAAAAUAUUCUCCAGAAAAAGCAGCUUUGGCUGCAUCUGAAAGGGAAUCUGCAAUAAGUGAAUCACAGAUAAAUAUGAUACAAGAUAAUCACUUCAGUCUUCAGACCCUGAUUAAUCCAUCCAGAUUACCUACUGAUCUGACUUCAACUACUGUGAAGUUUUUAGUGAGUCUCUUAGCUUGCUUGGUUUGUGGCUUGAGUGUCCUCACUACAUACGGGAUUAACUACAUUGCUAACUUGGAGCCCUGGAGUAUUGGCCUUCUUGCUGUGUUGGUGGCGUUUUUCAUCAUUACCAUUCUCCUCAUCCACAGGCAGCCUCAGAACCAGCAGAAAGUGGCCUUUAUGGUUCCAUUCUUGCCAUUUUUGCCAUCUUUCAGUAUCCUGGUAAAUAUUUACUUAAUGGUACAAUUAAGUGCAGACACUUGGAUCAGAUUUAGCAUCUGGAUGGUACUUGGCUUCCUCAUUUACUUUGCUUAUGGCAUCAGACACAGUCUUGAAGGUCAUCGCAGCAACAGAGAUGAUGAUUCUUGUUCAGAAAAUAGUGAGUUGCAAGAAAAGAAGCCCGUGGAAGAGGUGGAUGAACCUGAAAAUGCAAAUGAAAGUGAUCAAUUUCUUGCACAUGAGAGGACAAGUGAAUGCUAA